AUGCAGAAGUUUAUCUCCACCGGUACCCACGGCAACACGCUGCCCCGGGACGCGGAGCUCCAGCUGCGGUUAUCUGACAGCGGAGGAGUCGGGGACGGGAAGGAGAAUGGAGGUGGGAGGCAUUUCCUCAGCCAACCUGAGGAGGAGAAAUCAUUUUGCACCAAGAGGAAGAUGCUCGUCGGUUUGGAUGUAAUUUGUCUUUGUGUCGCCUCCAUCCCCUUCUUCGCAUGUGAAUUGAAGGCAGUGACUCCGUACAGGCGAGGCUUCUUCUGCGGAGACUCCAGCAUCACCUACCCCUUCAAGAAGAAAGAGGCCAUCCCUGACAGCCUGCUUAUCGGUGGUGGUAUUGUCAUCACUGGCCUAACGAUUGCGCUAGGUGAGUGCUACCGGGUGCGUUUCCGAGGUGUACACUCGCGGGCGUUUAUCCGAAACUGCUAUGUGUCCUGCCUGUACAAGGAGCUAGGAAGCUUCCUAUUUGGUUGCUGUGUGGGUCAGUCUCUCACCAACAUGGCCAAGCUAAGCGUGGGACGCCUGCGACCCAACUUCCUGUCUGUCUGCAACAUCACCUACGCGUCCAUCAACUGCACUCCGGGCAGCUACGUGCCCCAGGUGGACUGCAAGCGGUCUGAUCAGAAGAUGGUGGAGGAAGCGAGGAAGUCUUUUUUUUCCGGCCAUGCUUCCUUCGCAAUGUACACCAUGCUCUACUUGGCAUUCUACCUGCAGGCGCGGUUGUCGUGGCGAGGAGCUCGACUGUUGCGCCCACUAAUACAGUUCCUCUUAGUGAUGAUCGCCAUCUACACCGGCCUGAGCCGCAUCUCUGACUACCGUCACCACCCCACUGACGUCCUCACGGGCUUUAUACAAGGAGGGCUCACUGCAUACUGGGUGGCCUUCUACAUCUCCUCCAUGUUUAAGCCCUGUGCCCGUCCAGACCUGUCUCCCACGAGCAUGUCCCUGGAGAGCCCACUGUCCAGUCAGCAAACUGUCUGUUAGCAGGCACAUGCAGUCAUCCCAGGAAUCAGAAGAUGGACUGCAGAAAGACAGGGAGAACGUGAGACAGCACAGUGGAGGAGCGGAGAGAAGAGGUCGUUAAUAAAGGGAAUCACUCUAAGAGAAGGAUACGAUUAAAGAGUACAAUCUAACACACGCUUGCUCGUCUGGGCAUACUGAUACAUUCACACAAUCUAAUGUUCACACUCACACAUGUGAAAUACAAGAAGCACAUUUGACUGUAAGUCAAACCCGUCCAGUGAAAAGAACUGCAUAGCAAUAUUACAGAUAUUUUUUUAUAUAUGAAAAAAAAAAAUCUUUAUUUUUCAAGAGGAUUUUUAGAAGCUGCUAAUGUUGAUAGUUUUCUUCUGUGAUGGAGGCAUUAUGGUCAGUGUGUUUAGUUAGCUUUCAGAGCAGAACUGGUCACUCUUUGGUCUUGGGUGAGAGUGGAGAGAACGCCAGCCUCCUUUUUGUUUUUGAUCUUCUGCUCAGCUUGGAAAACAUCGCCCUGCAGCUGUGAACUGAGACCAUUAGACCUCAGAUGUAAAGACAGCUCUGUGCCAAGUAAUAAGGAACAAGCAGUGGCGUCAACAUCUAACCAUCUGUACCUUCUGAUGUGCCGCUGCUUUAAUCAGACUGCCCUGCAUCACUAUGACUAAACAAUAACCUGUAUGUAAGCAAAGAAAAAAAACAGUAUUUGAGCUGUAAUACAAUGCUAUCCCUCUUUUUGUGUAACCGAGGUGGUGACGGGGAGGAAUCUGACCUUCCCCAAAACUACUACUUUUCUGUACUAACCACUUUGACUGUGUCUCAGAGGUGGAGGUUUGACUGAAUUUUGUAACCGUAGACCUUUUGCCCCCCUGGACUCCAAUCUCUGAGCUGCACCUUGAUUUAUGCCACUCUGACAGGAGGGCCGACGUGGCUGCGACCCCAGUGGCCCUCCUGCGCAUCUUUAUUAAUAGCACUUGAACGUACAUAAUGGAACCUUCUAAUUAUAAUCAAUAUUAUAUAUUUUAUCACAAGUUUGAAUAAUCAGUGUUUAUUUUUGUUAAUGUCAGACUUAUACACUUUUUUUUUGUUCUUGAAAUGAUAAUUAUUCAAAUUGAAUGUAAAUAGCUGUCAUUUUAUAAACCACAGAAUUUCAAAAGUAUUAGUUCCAGUUUUUGGACAGUUUUUACAUGUUUAUUAAGUGUUUGUAUUUGUGUCAAUCAGGUACGGAGAGUUACUAUUGUAUCUGUUGUAACUACUAGACUGAGCCACAGAUAUUAUCAGAAAGCUAUAUUUUUUGUGUUCCCAGUUAUUGUUAUUUGUCCAUUUUGUCUGUGAAUGCCAGAAAAAGGCAGGAAUAACCACUGUACUCAAAAAACCAAACCAAUAAAAUGAAUGUUGAAUGUUUUUAA